GGGCAGGACUUCCGCGCUGGUUGCUAAGACACUCUCGCUGCGCUCCUUGACAACCCUGGCGGGGGUGCGCUAGCGGCGGCGUCGUCCGGGCCCCGGCGGGAGCAGCUCCCCUGCUGGACACUCUGUGCCCCAGGCUGGCCGGGCCGCCCCGGGGGUGGCGUGAUUGCCAGGGCCGGCGCCUCCCAAGGCCCCAGGAGGAAGGACCAUGGGAGAAACGGAGGGGAAGAAGGACGAUGCGGAUUACAAGCGGCUGCAGACCUUCCCCCUGGUCAGGCACUCGGACAUGCCCGAGGAGAUGCGCGUGGAGACGAUGGAGCUGUGUGUCACGGCCUGCGAGAAGUACUCCAACAACAAUGAGAGCGCCGCAAAGAUGAUCAAGGAGACGAUGGACAAGAAGUUCGGCUCGUCCUGGCACGUGGUGAUCGGCGAGGGCUUCGGGUUCGAGAUCACGCACGAGGUGAAGAGCCUCCUGUACCUCUACUUCGGGGGGACCCUGGCCGUGUGCGUCUGGAAGUGCUCCUGACCCCGCGGGGCGCCACACCGCCCACCGCGCCUGGAUUUUCGGAGUCCGGGGGCUGCGGACCCGCGUCCCCGUUUCCCGCACUGCGCCCCAUGUGUGACUCGGUGGCCCUGCCCCGUCACCGUCCCCUGGGGCUCGGCCCUGCAGUGCUGACUCCCAGGGGACCCCGGGGCUGCGAGGGGGCAGGGGGAGGGGGGGAGCCGGUCUUUUCCCCACAGGCCAUCUGACUCGGGGGGCACCU